AUGAGUCGACGCUACGGCAGGGGUGGAAGAAUGGAAGGGAAGGCCUUCGGUUAUGAACGAUCACGAGUGGAAAUAGAGUCAGACAUCAGCCGACAGAAUGCUCUCAUCAUCAAGCUUGUUAACAGCUUGAGAGAUGAAAAUGCUGAUACUGAACGUGCGCAGAUGAUGAUAAGGCAAGUUAUCUUGCCUGAGAAAUUGCGUUCAUUUCCUUUCCGAAUAUGUAGUCGCCAUUUUGAUCCAACAUGCAGUGAUCCUUCCUUUCCCGUUGCACCUACUAUUAACCUUCCUGUAAAGCCUUUCUACUCUCGCGAGGAGCUUUUACUACGCCUCCGGCGUCGCUACGUCUAUCUCUCCGAAGUGGGCUAUGAAGAUGUUGACAUAGAUAAACUUGAACCAAACGGUGUUUUGAUAUCUUCAUCGGGCGAUCCGAUCAUCUGUUGUGUGCCAGGCUGCAGCUAUAAAUCAUCUGGAAUUUCUCUGUUCUCUGGUAGGCACAUCAAAAUGUAUUCGAUCCCCUCGAACAGCGUCGAAUUUGAAAAAUGGCGCAAAGCUAUUCAAAGUGGCAUCGGCUUGCCUGGAACAUUUGAGUUUCGUCUUCCGGCAAAUGGGCAUAUCUGCGAAAUGCACUUCGCAGAAGGAAAGCGUUACACAAGAGGCCUCAUGCAGGUAGCAUAA